GAUUGUAAUAAUUAAAAAAAUAGACGGGGUAUCCUCAAAAGAAACCCACUUAUAGCAUGCCAUGUGUCAGUACAUAACAAGCGAUCUAUGUUUAUAUAGUAAGAAGCCUUUUGCCCUAAAUUCCCAAAUUAACCAUAUGUUCUUUCCUUUUGUGGCCUCUCCUGUGCUCUGCUCUUUCUCUUUCUAUUUCCAUUUAUAAUUAUUUCUCUUUUAUUCGAUCAAAACUACAUUUCUUCUCCCCGAGCAGAUCUCGCGCGAUCUGUUACCUCUUAGAUAUUUGAGAAAGCUGCAGAAAUGGGAAGGGGAAAGAUCGCGAUUAAGAGGAUCGACAACUCGACGAGCCGUCAGGUGACUUUCUCGAAGCGAAGGAACGGAUUGUUGAAGAAAGCCAGGGAGCUUGCGAUUCUGUGCGAUGCAGAGGUCGGCGUCAUCAUCUUCUCCAGCACCGGCCGGCUCUACGAUUUCUCCAGCUCCAGCAUGAAAUCGAUAAUAGAGAGAUACAGCGAUGCCAAAGGGGAAAUCAAUUCGGAAAAUAACCCAGCUUCAGAAAUCAAGUUUUGGCAAAAGGAGGCUGCGAUUCUAAAGCGACAGCUACAUCAUUUGCAAGAGAACCACCGGCAAAUGAUGGGGGAAGAGCUCUCUGGACUCAGUGUAGCAGAUUUACAGAAAUUGGAGAAUCAGCUUGAAUUGAGCCUUCGUGACGUACGAAUGAAAAAGGAUCAAAUGUUAGUUGAGGAAAUUCAAGAACUCAACCGCGAGGGAAACAUCGUGCACCAAGAGAAUUUAGACCUUCACAAGAAAGUUUCGGAGGUUGAGGGUGUGAAAAGCGCCGACAAAAAUUCUCUUCUCACAAAUGGUCUAGACAUGAGAGAUAACUCGAGCGAACCUGUCCAUCUUCAGCUCAGCCAACCGCAGCACGAUGGGACACAAGUUAAAGCUAUCCAACUAAGCUAUUUUUCCUUCAUUGCAUAAUAUCUAAUUCAGUUAUCUGUAGCAGCUUGCCACUGCAUAAGCAAAGAUACACAGACAUGAUCAGAUUUGUAAUCCAUGUCGAUCGAUCAAACAUCAGCUUUGUAACUUUUUUAAUUUUUGACUAUCACUCUGCAAAGAACCUUGAUUUGGCCUUUAAGCAUGUACUAUGAUGGUCGAAGAAUGUAGUGUUUUAACAUUACAUGUUCUUUGAACUUUUUUUAUAUAUAUCUUUGUAUAUAUAAAUUGACAUACACAUUUGGUGAUGUAAAUGCGUGGUUGGUAGAAAAAGACAUGUGAUUCCCUGC